GUCAAAAAAAGCCUUAAGCUGCUAUUGGGGACUGAAGGCCAUACACCGUUUCGGGGGUAAUUGUUCAGAAUUCAUUGAUACGCUUCAAACCUAAAGGCCUGCAGACUGGAAUGCCAUUUUAAGGAAAAUUGUGGAAUUGCAUCUCUUUAAAUCAUAAGUACAGACGAACAGAGUAGUAGCUGAUGUAAAUGUUUAAAAUGAACAGUGACUUUUUCCCCCCUCUAUCUAGUUGAAGCGCAAUGUGCUUUUUUCUGCUGCGCUACAAUCUGCCGCCUCACGGCUCCAUGGAGCCCAAGGACCAGCGUUACUUCCAGCCGUGGCGGGAUUACUUGGGUCUCGCGGACACGGUGCGUAUGAUGCGGGAAGCCUCUGUUCCCGAACCUCACCAGGUCCGGAAGUUCAGGUUUACGCCUGAGAUUUCUCAUCACCAGGGCCGUAAUGCUGUAAUGUUCCAGACUUUCCCCGAGCCUGAGAUGUCCGUGGUCAGAGGCAGUCCGAAAACGCCGAUGGGGCAACUGAAACGCGGCCGUACCAGGACCACAGGGUCUCCACCUCUACCUCCAUCACCUCAAGGUUCUCACUCUGGGGAAAUGUUCUGCGGUUUCUGCAAACAUAACCGCGAGUCUGAAGAAGUGUUCAGGUCACACUGCCUGAGGGGAAGCGGCGGAGAAGUGGCGUGUCCUUACCUGCGCCGGUAUGUGUGUCCGCUGUGCGGGGCGACGGGCUACCGCGCGCACACCAUACGCCUCUGCCCGCUCGUGGACAGCACGUACACCUCCAUGUACACCUCCAAGUGCACCUGGGCUGCCCGGAAAUUACAGAAAAUCUGAACGCCACUUUCACACUCGCUACCAAACUGUAGGUUAUUUUUUAUUGCUUUUAUCUGAGGGUGUGUGGCUGUAGAAAGUUCAACGUGCUUUAAAAAUAAAAAAUAAAAAAAUUAAAAAAAAAACUUGUUGCGCAAAAACAAGUUUUUCAGCAUUAUAUUUUUAAUGUCUGCAUUAUUGUACUUAUAGUUAUGGCUUAGAGCUGUUAGGCUUAGUUGUUUUUAGCUCUGGAAUGACAUGCCCUGGGUUUAGUGCUGUAACACCUGGAAAGGUGUGACUGUCAAGAGUUUUACUUUACUAACUUUGUGUGCACUUUAUUUGUGUAUGCACUUGUUUUGUGUGUUUAUUUUCACUGGGGUUUUUGAAGCUGAUUUCUCUAACAAGCUUGUGCUCAGACCUCUUUGGAUCAUCACAGGUGCAACAUGUUACAGGUGCAGGUUUUUCCAGGGCUUCAUGAUGGGACCGUGAAUCUCUGACCUGAUGCUAUUUUUCUGGUCUAUUUUAUUGACAAUUCUAAGAACUUCUGAUGUGUGACCUUUUAAAAUAUUUUAGAGCAUUUUGGAUUUGAGUUAAUAUAGUUUAUAUGCAUGUAACAAGCCUCGGUGCUGCAUUUGUUUGUUUUUAGAUAUUAUAUAAAACGUAAAUGUUAUACUGUCUUGGUAGAAAUGACAUAGUUGAUGCCUCUGAAUCUUCUGCAAUUUUGUAACAGUUUCAAUUUCUAAAAAGAUUUUUUUGUUGUUGUUUUAAUUUUUUUGUCCACUCUUGUAAAAUAAAAAUGUGACCAG